AUGCAACAUAACGGACACAAUCUGGAACAUAACCUUCAACAACGCACAAGAAAGCCGAAGGCGGUGGAGGAGAUGAAGGGCACAGACCAGGAGUACAGCAGCCCCCUGAUGCAGUACAACAGCUCUGCGAACUCUGGAGGGGAAGACAUCGAGCUGCUGGCCUUCCAGACCGUCACCGGAAAGUGCUGUGAGACCAUCUUUGAGGACAUGAGGGAACCUCCAAAGAAACCUCUGCACCUGAAGGGCCAGAUGAAGUACGUCCCCCAGUGGGACUCCCUCAUCUUCCUGGGGACACCCAUCAUAGAGACGGUGGAGGACAUGAUAAAGAUGGGGGUGUACGUGAACGAUCUGAACCUGCAUGACUCCAGCAGAGAGCUGAUUCUGGCCGGGACACAACAGUCGGCCGAGCUGCAGCUGGCCCUCGACCAGGAGCAACAGAAAUAUGCUCAGCUGCAGGAAAUCAUCAAGAAGCUGGACGAGGAGAAGAAGAGAGGAGAUUCUCUGCUGUAUGCCAUGAUCCCCAAAGCUGUGGCCGACCGCCUCAGGAAGGGGAUCACUGCUCUGGAGACAUGCCAG